ACCGAACUUGGCUUGAUCCUAUCUAUCAUCUCCGUCGAUCAGGAAUUAGAGUUCGUUGAUCGGAGUUUUGUUUAUACGAUCAAUGGUUUCCCGGAGAUAUUACCGGAGCUUAAGAUCUUGUACCGGAUGGCGUCGGUUUCUAUUACUUGUCCCCGUACUCGUUGUUCUUCCUCACCUCUCAUCACUUGUUGAUUAUUCUUCUUCGACUAGAGCUAAGAACGAAGCGCCAAGCACUCGUAACAAGAAACUAGAUCACCUUGUGCUCGUUCCUGCUGCUGGAGUCGGCUUUCCCGAUAGAUUGCAUUGCCAAGGCACGAAGGCUCUGAACAAGACACACACUACAAAUUCUCAUGUGUCUGGUGCUGCUGGAAAUGGUGUUUCUUUUGUCACAGUGUUUACUGUUUAUAAUAAUAACACAUCACUCGGUGAUUUGAAAUCCUCCAAUAUGGUUUCUGUUGUUGGGAAUGUUACCUACAGCAAGCCAGAGAGGUCAAUGGCUGUUCUAAACGCAUUCGCCUACUUCAUUCUGGUGAGUAUGCCCAAGAGCAGCGUUGUCAUAUUGACCGAUCCAGCUUCUCAACUUUCUAUCCAAGCAAGCAACGUGAUGGUAGAGCCUAUUCCUGGUGAUUAUUCACGUGCUAACCUGAUGCUUCAAAGAAUCAGGUCUUACAUUACCUUUCUUGAGAUGAAGCUCGAGAAGAAUGAUGGUGUGAUAAACCACUAUAUCUUCACUGAUUCUGAUAUAGCUGUGGUUGAUAACAUCGAGACUAUAUUUGACAAGCAUCCAAACUUCCACAUAGCUCUCACAUUCAGGAACAAUAAAGAUCAACCUCUGAACUCAGGUUUUAUAGCUGUGAGAGGAACCCGUGAAGGGAUCCUAAGGGCUAAAGUUAUUCUUGAACAAGUCUUAAAAGCUUACAAAACCAAAUACAUGAAGGCAUCGCGUAUGCUUGGUGAUCAGUUGGCUCUGGUAUGGGUUGUCAAAUCCCAUCCUUCAUUUGACGCAAAGAGAUUCACAAAGCCACAAGCGUUCACACAAGAAAUAGCUGGAGCUUCAGUUCUGUUUCUACCAUGUGCCCUAUACAACUGGACGCCUCCUGAAGGUGCUGGUCAGUUUCAUGGCAUGCCAUUAGAUGUCAAGAUUGUUCACUUCAAAGGUUCGAGGAAACGCUUAAUGCUAGAGGCAUGGAACUUCCACAAAUCUACUUCGAACAUUCCAGAUAUGUUGUGUCUUGUUCUAGGUAGUGGAAGAACUAAAUACGAUUUCUAAACUUGUUGACCAUGA